ACCACACAGUACUCUCACUCUCAGUGUAACAGCCAGCUGUUCUGUUUGUAAGUAAAUUUGUAACGUCAAAGCAAGGAAAGUUUCAGGUUAUGUUUACAAUAAUUAAUUAUCUAAAUUUUAUUGUAUUAAUUUAAUCGAAAUAGUGAUUAGGCCUCCCUUCACUCUAUUUGUGAUACUGUGAUACACUAUAUUUUGCAUACUGUGAGAUGCAAACUUUUUGUAAUGGGAGAAGUUAAUAACGAGUCACCUUUAUGGAUAUUUGGAUAUGGAUCCUUGUUGUGGAAAACUGAUUUUCCAUUUGCUGAAAAGCAAAUAGGUUACAUAAAAGGAUAUAUAAGGAGAUUUUAUCAAUCAAGUGUCGACCAUAGAGGUGUUCCUGAAAAGCCAGGACGAGUUGUUACAUUACUGACUUCGACCAAUCCUGAGGAUAAAGUAUGGGGUAUCGCAUACAGAAUAGAAAACUCGGACAAGCAAAUGGUACUUCGCCACUUGGAUUUCAGAGAAAAGAACGGUUAUGUCAAGAUUUCUGUGAAGUUCUACCCUGUGGAUUUCAUACAUACCGUUGAAAACAGACCUUGCAAGGGACAGCCUUGUGAGCUUGUGAUAUACCUUGCAGACAAGAGCAACGAGCAUUAUGCUGGCGAGGCAGAUAUAGAAACAAUAGCUCGGCAGGUGAUUGAAGCAAGCGGGCCGAGUGGACCUAACAAAGAGUAUGUCUACAAACUUGCUGAGUACAUGAGGAAAAUAGCCCCUGGGGAAGACGAUCCCCAUCUGUUCGCUUUAGAAGCAGCUGUGAAAAGGUUAGAGUGCAAAACCUUUGUUUAACUCAUGAUGUUAGAUUUAAUUUGACCAAAAUGUCUUUCAGUAUUAUUAAUUUGUAUUGGUCUAAGAUGGCAUAUUAAAUUUGUUGAUUAAA